UGCAACGGUUUCAGUUGGCUUCAAACGAUCGUUCGGGUUGUGACAGAAUAUUCUCCAGCGGUUGGCGCAGCAAUUCGGUUCAAGUUAGUGCGUUGAUUUCAGCGGAAACAUGGAAACCAUCCGUCAAUUUAGCAGGAUGUCGCGUUCGUUCGGGAUACCCGCCUGAUUAAGGGUUAAUCAUCAUCAUUGGAGCAGAUCGUUGACACGAGUGUGUGUGUUUGUGUGGUGUGAAAUUCUCUCUCUCUCUCUUUCUCUCGUUCUUCUUGCUCGCUAGAGCUUUACUCGUGCUUGUGAUCGGUGGAGAAAAACAAACGUGACAAGUUGAUCGGCUUUGUUACUUUUGGGAAUUGUGAAGGAAAGUGUAAACAAAGCCAGGAUGAACCAUGAAGCGGAAAAAGAGAUUGCGUUCCACCAGCUGAGUGAUGCUGCCAUUAUGGAGAGUAUGCUGCGGGUGCGAUUCGAGCACGCAAAGAACCAGAAAAAGGAUUACUCGCAUUUGUUCAGGCUGAAACACCGCUGGGAGAUCCUCUGGCUAACGAUGUACCAACUGGGCGUCGAGUUCUGCUACGCCGCUGAAACCGCCUACGUCACCCCGUUGCUGCUGAGCAAUGGGCUCAAUCACACCUUCAUGACAAUGGUCUGGGCUUUCGCUCCGAUGCUGGGAUUCUUCUUCGCUCCGAUGAUAGCGUCCUUUAGUGAUCAGGUACGAUCAUCCUGGGGUCGCCGGAGACCGAUCCUGUUGACACUGGGUGCAGCAUGCAUAACGGGGCUAUUGAUUCUACCGCAUGGCAAAGCUAUAGGUCUGCUGCUGGGGGAUCCAGACGUUCCGGUGGAAAUGAUGGACGGCUUUCGGUGGGGAGUCCUGAUCACGGUGAUCGGUUUGGUCCUAACGGAUUUCGACGUCGAAACUAGCAGCGGCGUUGGGCGGACGUAUUUUAUGGAUGUUUGUAUUUUGGAGGACCACGCCCGAGUUUUGACUAUGGCUAUGGUCAUUGGAGGAAUCGGUGGAACCGGUGGAUAUGUGCUGGGCGCAAUCGACUGGCAACAAACCGACUUUGGAUCUCUGAUGGGAAGCAACGAGGCGACUGUCUUUGCCAUCGUCGUUGUCGUAAUGGUGAUAGGUUUGGUGACAUCGUUAACCAGCUUCCGGGAAGUAUCGUUGCCUCAGCUGGAAGCUGAUGAACUGUUACGUCCGAUCACACAGACUACGUUCGAGGCGGAAAAGCGGCGACAGCAGACUAUCUACAACAUCUCUAGCUUGGUGAAAGAUCCCAACAAGUUGGAGAUAGUCCCAAUUAUAAUCGAAGAAGAGGAAAAGGAACCACAGCAGACUUUUUCGAACUUCUUCAAAAAUCUGUGGCACAUGCCUCGAUCUUUGAUGAUUAUCUACCUGACUCAAUUGCUCUCUCAGCUCGGUUACCUCAGCUAUUGUCUUUACUUCACGGAUUUUGUGGGGAGUACCGUUUUUGGGGGGGAUGUGGCUGCUCCCAAAGGAUCACCAGAACUUAACUUAUACGAGGAAGGUGUACGGUUUGGAUGCUGGGGAAUGGCCCUGUUUACGGUGUCCGCUGCUCUCUACUCACUGUUCAUCGAAAAGAUCAUCAAAUGUUUCAGUGCUCGUCCGGUCUACGUCGGAGGUCUCCUAGCGAACAGCCUCGGAAUGCUGCUGAUGGCUCUGUUCAACGAGAAGUGGAUGGUGUUCGUUAGCUGUCCCACCGUGGGCAUUAUGUACGCCACAAUCUACUCGAUUCCGUUUCUGAUGAUCUCGCAGUACCACGCGAAAAACUCGUUUGCUAUGAAGGACGGUAUGUACGUUGAGUCGAGCCAACGAAGAGGAUUCGGGGCGGAUGUGUCCAUAAUGAGCAGUAUGCUGUUCCUGGCCCAGCUAAUCAUCGCGCUCGCCAUUGGCAGCGUGAUUGAUGCGUUCGGUUCGACGACGGUUGUGAUCUACUCGGCAAGCUUAUUCUCGUUUCUCGCCGCGAUUGCUGCAACCCAGGUGCUCUUUAUGGAGCUUUAAAAGGUGCGCCUACUGUAGUACGUGACCUGAACGUAACGGGCCGGGCUGAUGCUGACCUAGGAAGGGGUUGCGGUGCUGUUGUGCUGCUGCAUUCCCUGCGCUAGCAAACGAUUCCGAACCGGUAAAAGAGUGAAAUGUAAAACUGAACCCCCACCCGAUGAUCGAGAAAUGAGCGGAAGCCAAGUUUCGUUAGUAGAUACAAAACACUAGACUAAGAUUGUAACUGGUUGAAACUCUCGGUGUAUAUCUGACUAACUGAACGUGUGGUCUGCGGUAUCAAAUUAGCAAAAUCCAAAUUUAUACAAGUGACCAUUCUAAUCUAGUAUUUUGCGUCUACUGUUUGACUUCAUAGUAUAAUUGAAAUGGAAUGGAAUAGUGGAAUUUCGAAACGUGAUCUUUUUGCUGGUGCAUUUGCUUCAAAAUGGGAGCGAGCGUAGGGCACUUCUUGCCCUAGAGAGUGUAAAUAUAUUACAUAGUGAUAUUUCUGUAACAAAAUGACAGUAUAGUAAGAUAUUAAACUAAGCUAGAAAUAUAAAAUUGUCUAAUUGAUUUAA